CCUUAUGUAAAAAAGAAGUAACAACAUAAUUAUGUUAAUCUAUUUCUUGCAUUGGAUUUAAUUGUUAUACUAAUUAUAUAUUCAUAUUUGUACAAGAAUGCAUUAUAUCAUGGAUUAUUCAGCAGCUCUUAUUAAUCUGAUAAAUUUGAUAAGGAUACUUGACUCGUAUAAUAUUGAAGAACAGAAAACCGGAAUUGUAAAAGGCGUAACAGGUUCACAUUUUGGAUAUACUGUGGCAAUUGUCCAGGCACCUGGUUGGAAGACUGACGAGAAUAACAAAACGUUUCUGGUUGGUGCCCCUAAUGAUACAUAUCGAGGUAUUCGAGGACAUGGGUUAUUACAUGAGUGUACAGUUACCCUAAAGAGAAAUGAGACUUGUAAAUUGGUUGAUACAUCCGGAGCUUCCGACGUGUGUGAAAAAUUAAGAAGAAACGACAAGACUCGUACGGCUUGUGAACAGAACAGCAGACUCGGCUCUUCUUUGGCAGUAAACAAAUACUACAUUCAAAAUGGGAACAAUUCAAAUUACGCCACAAUACCAAUGGCUAUGGUGUGUGCCCCUGGAUGGAAAAAUCCAUUUUACGAGACUUACGAAAACAACUUGAAGAAUUAUAUGGUUGGAAAGUGCAUUAAAUUGACUAACAAUCUAAAAGCAAUAAAUUGCACAGUGGACGGUUCAUUCGGGUGUUGGCCAUUUUGGGCUAGUCCGGGUAAGGGUACAGUAAGCUCUUCAAGUGGUAGACCCGUCUUUAGUUACGCUGAAGCAGGAUUUUCACUGGCUUUUACAAAGGACGGUUAUGAGCUCGUUGGAGGUCCAGGUGUAGAUGACUGGAGAGGCGCAUUUAGUUCUCCAGGAAAGAAAUGGGUGAUCAGACAAACACUUAACAUCUCUGAUACCACAUAUUUUGGGUACGAUCUUAAAGCUGGAAGAUUUAAAAUGGAUGCAGACAUAGUUGUCGGUGCGCCUAAUUACAAUGGAAUAAAAACUAUGGGACACGUUGGUCAGGCGGUGAUAUUUAAAGGAAACGUUCCAAAGACAACAAUAGACUUUGGGGCAUAUUACGAUUGUUCAACAGAAGGCGUACCGGGUAUGACAAAACAUGCUUUUGAAAAACUAAUACGGACAUCACAAAAGGGAACAAAGUUUGGCGCUGUUGUUGAAACAGUCGAUGUAAAUGGGGAUGGCUUUGAUGAAGUUCUUGUCGCAGCUCCACUUUAUUCUGGGGAAAAUCCCGAUGAAGGGCGUGUUUUUGUGUACACGUUUUCAAAGUCGCAAGUUUGUGGGCCUAUUGGAGUUUUAUCUGGUGGGACACGUCAUAGUAAGAUUAAAGACAAAACAAUGUUUGCAAGGUUUGGAACUUGCAUCGCAUCGGUAGGAGAUUUAGCCAAUGACAACCUCAACGAUGUUGCUAUCGGAGCUCCAUAUGAAAACAAUGGCGUUGGAGCUAUUUAUAUUUACAAUGGUGGAUAUUCUGUAAUGAAGGAUCAAUAUACACAGCGUAUAACAGGGCAAACUGUAGAUCCAGGAAUCCGGACAUUUGGGUGGAGCAUCUAUGGAAAUGAAGACAUAGACAAUAACGGAUUUCCAGAUAUGGUAGUCGGAGCAUAUGAAUCAGACACUGUUGUUGUGUUUAGAACUAAACCUGUUAUAACAGUUGACGUUGAUAUGACUAUAGAGCCGGACCCUAUUCCAUUGAAUACUUCAUUUGAAAUAUGUCCAAAUGAUACGGAAAAGCUCUGUUUUGAUGUAAAAAUCAAAUUAUCCUAUAAAACGAUGGGACAUACUGAUGGCGCUCUCAAUUAUGUGUCCGGUUUAUUGACAAUGAUGGCAGACACUUUGUACCUGACGAUGGAAGAGUCCACCAGAGUGGUAUUUCUUGACACGAAUUCAGAUAAACUACUUAAAAACCUGACUCUGGAACGCGGAAAAUUAACAAAUGAGACCAUAACUCUUAUGGUAAAGGGAAAUCCGGAACCAAAGGACAUCUGGACGGAAGUCAGGAUAGAAAGCAGUUUUGAAGUUUUAAAAUCAGAUGGAACCGAGUUUGAUGUUUUAGACCCAGUUAUCGACAAGAAUGAUGUAAUACAUGCCACAAAAGAUGUUGAAUUCGAAAAGAAAUGUGUAAGAAUAGAAACUUGUACAUCAGAUUUAGAAGUAACUGUGGACAAAUUUAUCAUUGGCAAGGACCAUGUGAAACAUGUGGAUAACAAUACGGAGAUUUAUAUUGGCGAAGCAACUGAAUUAGUGAUUGUUGUUGACGUAAGAAGUGUGAAUAAGACAUCACAUAGUGUUUUCUUCACGUCAAAUGUAUCUUCUGUACUGAGCCGACCAAUAAGCCCAGAUCAUGGUAUCAUUGGAGCAAGCUGCGAGUUAACGGACCAUACCAACACCAGUGACGUCACCCUCGCCGUAUGCAAAGCAAACAACAUUUUAUUGGGACCAAGAAACAUCAAAGUGAAAUUCUACUAUGACAUAUCGAAUCCCAUACUUUUCCCAAACAACGACCUUGAAAGAAUGAAAGACUUUAUUACGAUUGAAAUCAAAGCAGAACAAAAGAAUCCGGAUCUCAACCCUUAUAACAACAUAUUUGAAGAGGUUAUUCCGGUUAGAUUGAAACACGAUAUUGUUAUACAGGAAGACAACAACGUUGACGACCAGAUAGUCUAUGAAGAUGACGUAAACAGUCCACGUGUAUUGAGUAUUCUUCAACGUUUCUACGUAUCAAACAGAGGACCAAGUUUUCUACAUUUUACAUACGUCAAUUUCACGGUUCCUGCUACGAAGCAUGGCGUUCAAAUUGCAAUGAUUAAGAACAUUUCAAAUUCGUGCUCAAUAAAAGAAGACGCUAAUGACAUGUCUAUUAUAGAUACAGAUGACGGGACAGAGGGAAGCAUUGAAAUACUGAAAAAGGAAGAUACUAUAACCGACAUUAAUGAGGAUGAUCCGGACGAAAACUUUCAAGAUAUGAACUCUAUUAGCUGUCAGAAUGUCAACUAUGACUGUAUUGUAAUCGAGUGUAAGCUGACCGAUAUGGAACAAUACCAGCAAGAAGUUUUUGAGUUCACAGUAGAUGUAUUCGAAAAGGGAUUGGCCAAAGAGAAGAACGCACACGGUGUCAGAUUUGCCACUUUUGCCAAUGUCAGUGACCCUAAUAUUUGGUACGGGAUGAAAUCUGUUGCAUGGUCUGAACCAGUAUUCGCUCGGAAAUGGGCUACAUUUUUUCUUAAACAUGGUACUGCACCAGGGAAGGUAAAUAUGUGGAUACUCAUUUUAAGUGCAGCCGGAGGUUUAGUCCUAUUGACUUUACUGAUCAUAAUACUGUGGAAAUGCAAUUUUUUCGAACGGAAGAAACGCUAUCAGAUACUUGAUUGGAAAGAAAGUAAAAGAAAUGAUACGGCUGUUGGCGACAUUGUGCCGGAACAAUCUAAUGAAGCUACGAGUCUGUUGUAAACCAACACUAUAAACGUCAUCUCAGACAGUUACUUUGUUGUAGUCGCUUUACAGUGAAAUAUCAUAAAUGGAUUUAACUCAUUACAGGAUUGAAGCAGUACCUCUAGACGCUUGAAGAAAUCAUCAUCACAACAAAGACAAAUAUCGUUUUUUCUCUCCGAUUAUUACAUUUUCCAUUCAUUGUCAUGCAUAAAUCGGUGUGUAAAGAAGAAUUAGACCUUUUAAAGUUCAUUCCGUUGGGUAAAAUGGCAAGAUUUUAGCAUUUUAUAUUUAAACGCCUUGUACGGUAUAUACCUGAAUACGGUAUUUUGUGUGGUGCUCCAAUCCUUUUUUUAAUCUCACCCAUCAUAAUUCCAUUUGUCGGGGAUAAUAUGCUGACAAUGGAAUUCAUUCUAAAUUUAAAAGGAAAGUGUUGAUAAUACAUUCAUAAUUGAUAAAGCUGAAUUCUUAACAUGUAUUUACUAUCUACCAAAGAAUGAGCAAUAUAAAUCCCUGUAUCAAUAAAAUAUUUUGAGGAAUCAAAGAUAUUAUUAAGUUUGUGUGAAGUGUUAACAUUCAUUUUGGUUGGUAUAAACAUUACAUGCCCAGCUCGGAUAACUACAGACUACGAACCCUGUAUUCAAGAUCAACGUACACUAUAUCUAUGUAAUUUGACUUUACCAUCUUUUGUCUUCAUUGUACACUUAAGUUUAUUCAAACUUACGUAAUGCCCUUGUCAUUAACCUAUACGCUCAAUCCCUAUUGUUUCUUCUAUGUCAUCAACAAAACAUGUAAACUUCAAGAAAUAUGCUCAAAAUUGAACUGUCAUAUAUUUUUUUCCUUUCUUUGCAACUUAGUAGCAAUUCCUGAAGACAAAGAUUCACCGACUGAGAAUAAUUUAGAUUAAAUUUGUAUGCUUCAGUGGACUGUAAAAUAGUAUAGGUGGUCAAUGACAUUGACACCGCUGACACAGGAUUACCUGUAUCUACCAACAUCCCAACUUUAAUUUCGUCAAAUGAGCAUUUCCCAUAGUAACAUAAAAUGCUGCGUGUACUGGAGUCAUUCAUAAAUUUGAUUAUGUUUAAUUUAUUUUUUAAUUGUGCUACAUCUAUCUUAGUUUAAAUAAAUCUUUGAAUUUGAAAUUUUUCCUUGUGAAACUCUGCACCUUGCUCUUAGAAAAUCGCGAUCUUGCUUGUGAACAUUCUUCAUUUUGCUUUUGAAAAUCUGUAAUUAUGCCUGUGCAUUUUUGUCACUUUGCUUGCGAAAACGCGGGCGCGGGUUGUUAAGAAUGGGUGUCACAUGACCGCUGCUUUCAUAAGAUUCAGCAAUCGAGGAGGGGCUGAGUCUGUAUUAUAACACAGAAACUUACCAUGUGAUUUAAAAUUAUUUCAAUUAAUUAUGGCAUUUUCUAACCUUUUUUUAAAUAAAGUCCUAACAUGAUAUGCUUCAAACAGGAAAUACACAUUCUGAUUUAAACAAACAUACAAUAUGUAAAAGUGGCUUUCAACCUUUCUAAAGUUAAAUUUGUCAUUUUUAAAUAAAUCAUUUCAUAUAAUUGUCCAAUCAAAAGAAUGAAACUUGCCGAAACAAUAAGGAAAGUACGGAAGCGUCCUGGUGCUAAUUCAUAAUGUCCUAAUAAAAAUAAACUCCUACGUAGGAAAUAAAAAAAGCCUAAUUAGAAGUUUAUAAAUAACUCCAACGUACUACGUAGGACUUUACAACUCCUACGUAGAUGAUAAAAAAGACUGAUAAGGAGUUUUUAAUUCCUACGUAUGACAUAUAAACUCCUACGUAGGACUUAUAAACUCCUACGUAGGAGUUACAAACUCAUAAUAAGGCUUUUUUAUCUCCUACGUAGGAGCUUUUUUAUAGAACAUUAUGAAUUGGCGCCAGGACGCUUCCGUAGGAAUCUUCCGGUCUGCUCUCUAUAUUUAAAUAAGUACAGCUCGAUCUUCUAUUUUUAGAAACAAAGAUAUAAAUAGCUCUCGGACGGGCUUACAGUGAUAUGAUGCACUUUUCCACGAAACAAUGCAGAAUUGUUUGCCACCAGGAAAUGAAAGCUGAAGGCCAAUUUAAACUCUUACGUUAAAUUAUAAUAUUCAUUUUAAACAUUAUCAUGAUAAUGUUUAUAAUAAAAGAUAUAUGUACUGUACGUUAAUACGUCAUUAUGUUAAUGUAACUAAAUCUUUUCAUUUUAUCAUAUUUAAAUGUGUAUUACAAACUUAUCGUGGCAAUAGUGUACAUGUAUGAUAUAUUUCAUCAUUUUGUGUGUGUGCGUGUGUGUGUGCAUGUGUGUUACAAUUAUCAUUAAAAUGUGUACGUUCAAUUUAUAAUGAAAAUGUGUAUGCUACAUACAUUAUGAACAGUGUAUAUGUUAAAUUUGUAUAUUACACUCAUCAUGUUAAUAUUAUGUUAAAUUCACCAUGAUACUUACACGUGAUAAAUUCAAUAUGUCGAUGUGUAUAUUUUCUUCAGGAUGUUAAUGUGUCUGCCUAAUUUAUAACCAGUAUGACAAAUACAUCAUGAAAAUGUGUAUGUUACGUAUGUAUAAUGAAAAAUGUAUAAGUUAAAUUUAAAUUGAUACUAUGCAUAUUACACUCAUCAUGUUAAUAUUAUGUUAAUUUCACCAUGAUACUUACACGUGUUAAAGCAGCACGCCUCCAGAUUCAUGUUAAUUUUAAUUUCAUGAACAUUUUGGAAAUGUAUUUAAAAGUAAAAUAUUGUGAGGUGAACACAUUUAGUAAUUUACAUAUUGCAGAAUUACCAAAAAAUUGUCAACAUAUGCAAAAAGGUCCUUACUGCAAUAGUAACGCAGUAGAAAUAUGGUGCUAAAAUACUGCAAAAUCAUUCUUAAACCGCACAUAAAAUGUAAAAAUAUAAUUUGGAUCUUGAAUGUUUUACUUUUCUUAAAAUUUCAGUACAUUUUUUUGUACAUUUUUUCUCAAUACUGAUUUUCUUGAAAUAUUUAGCCCAUCUGGAUGCGUGCAGCUUUUAAUUUCAUGUGUAUAUUUCCUUUAGAAUGUUUAAUGUGUCAGCUAAAUUUAUACCCAGUAUGGUAAAUACAGUCAUCAUGAAAGUAUGUUUGAGUUAUGAGUCAG